UUCUUUAGAGUAAAGCUUUGUUUCCCUGUGUGUUGAAGAUGGCUUUGGUCAGUCUGUAUGUUUUUCUUCAGUUCUUCUAGAAUGCAGAGCCAAGGCAGAUGCAGAUUCCAAAAGAAAUGGUAAGAGCUUUGUCUUUUGCCAGGAUGCAGGGGUGUUGGCAAGAUAAGUGGAACUAACUUCUUACUAAUUAAUUAUGAAGUUAUUCAUCCUCUUUUCCUGGCUCAUAGUAGAUACUGCGUAGAUUUAUUAAAUUCCAACGUGAUCUUACCUUAGGGCGACUUCUGCUACCCCAAACUGAGAAUGUUUUGUACUUAUUUUUGAUUAGACAGGGAUAAGGAAGAGACAUUAAAGGCUUUCCUAUUCACCUGCAUAAUAAGAGGGACCAAAGGUGAUGAGUUUAGUGGCUUGACAUUAAAUAUACAAAGGACUUCAUGAAUUGUGAAGUGCUACAUAAUCAGUAGCAAUAAAAAUGAAAAAAAAAAGGGGGGGGGGAAGAAAAUUGAAUUCAGGCAUAGAAAAACUAAGGAAGGCUAAAAGUACAAUAGAAGUGUCUCAUAGACAGGAAAAAUAAAAUAUGGUAGCAAUUUGGCUAAACAUACUCAGUGUCAUAGUAAAAAACACAAAAAUGUUGUCGUUUAUCAGUUAGUUAUUCUAGCAUAUUAUAAGGGGUUAAUUCUUAUUAACAGAAGUAAGUUCUCAGAGCUUAGAUUAAAAUGUAAAAAGAGUUGUGUUCUAUUUAGAAGACAGUUCCUAAUACAGGCUGAAGAUAAUGGAGAAGGCUGAGUUCCCAGCAGGUGGCACUAACACAGUGAGGUGAGGAUUGCCAGUCUCUGAACUCACCUUUUGUGUGAAUGCACUGCCUGGGGGUAAAAAGGGAGGGUGUUUUAUGUUGGUACAUGAUACCAUCCAGUAGAAAUUCUAACAGGAUCUUUUCAAGCAUUUAAGCCUUUAUUAAGCACAAAAACAUAUCAAUCCCCCAUUCUUGUGAGUAGAAUGAAAAUUUAACAAACCACAUCCACAGUGAGUGAUGCUAAUAUGUAUUUUUCCAAAAUUUGUCAUAUUAGGCAGGCAAAUACAGAAUAUGAAGAAUUUUAAUAACAUAAUUAACAUUAUUAAUAAAAUAACAUAAUUGAUUUUUCUUUAUACAGUUAUAUACAGACAACUUUGAACCUAACAAACAAAAUGUUAUUUUCAGAUAUUCCAUAAUUAACAAAAAUGGAUGAAAAUCAGACCUCAGAAGAAAAUUACUAAACUACCUUGAGAAUAUUACACAUUUAUAAGUUUAGGUUGUAGGCAAUUCAUAGCUUUCAGUCUUUCCCACAUCAGUCACAGUGAUAUUUGUGUGUGUGCAUGUGGAAGGGGACAAUGGACAGAUUAAUUCUAAACAAUUAAAUGGGGCACAAGAAUGAUUUAUUCUAUUUUAAAAGACAGUAAUGAUGGCAAAAUGUGCUGUAAAGCCAAAAUACUUAAAAUAGCAUGAUACUGUUACAGGAACAGAUAAAUUGAUCAUUUAAACACAUUAGUGGUAGUGGAAGCAGUCCUGGUGUGUGUGCGCGUGUGCACGCAUGUGUAUGUGCUGAAGACAGCAUUUCCAAAGAGUGGUAAAGAGUGGUUUGUUUAGAAGAGUUGGUCAUUCACUUUAAAAAGUCAGAUUCCUUUUUCUCACCAUACACCAAAAUAAAUCCCAGUUGAUUAUGAAAUUAAACCUUAGAUGUUACCAGAAAGUAUUGAGAAAACCUGUGACAACUUCUGGGUUAACUUUGGAUGUUGAGCACUUGGCCAUAGACGUGACAAGCCCACGUGUCCUAAGAGAAAAGAUGAUAGAUUUUUUGUACGUACCAACUAAGUACCAUGUGCAGCAGUGACCUCAGUGUGAAAUGGCUGCAUCAUAAAGGUUGAACGCAGGAGGUGUUUUCCAAUGUGACCCUUGGGUGAAGAACCACUCCUUUGGCAGCUUGACAUCAUAGAAUGUUCUGGAAAAGUGAAGGACUUGUAUCUGUUUGUGCCUGAGAUGGAAAAUGGCGAGGUGAGUAAAGAGCAGUGGCAGUCCUGGUGAGGAAACUGAGGGCCAGCUCUGAAGCUGGCAGUCACGCAGGCAAGGAGCGGCCUGGGCUGCAGCUGCGGGACCACCCUGAGCAGGGCAGGCCCCCCACCCGUGCCUCUCACCCCCGCUGUGUGCGGGCUCCUGCUGCUCGCUGGCACAAGCGGUGAUUCCAGCACCUGAGCGGAAGGGAUUAGAUCCACACAAGUGCAUCUAACUUCCAGUUUGAAGGGGGGAUUUUUUUUUUUUUUCUGAUGAGAGUUUUCCAUGUAAGGAAAUGCAGUUUUUAAAAAUUAUUUUCUAGAUGUUUUCUUUCUGGUUUCUUGCUCUUUCUUUUGCUCUCUCGCAGCUGUGCCUGUCCAUGCGGCACCAUUUGGGGCUGUCAGAGGCUUCGUGUUCAAGUGAGCAUUUAAAUGUUGACUUGCAGGAUCUCUGACUCCUGUACCUUUUGUUGGCAAGUCACUAGAUUCAUCCAAGGUACAGAAUCCUCUGACAUUAUAUGUAAAGGUCACAGUGAUUGGAAGCACCUGGAGAAGGGAGGGGCCUGAAGCACGGGACGUUUGUUACUUGAUUGUCAUGGUGACCCUUAACUGGUGAAGCCAGAGAGAUUUUUAAAAGGUCAUUUAGGUAGAUGAGGAGGGCUGCACCAAUGGCUGGUAGACUUUCUGAAUAUUUGAGAUGUGGGUUUCUUGAAUGCCUUCUUAAUGUAUUAAUGAAUGAGAGUGGGUGACCAGAAACCCAAGUUUUAGGUCAUCCACUCAAAAUUGGACCAAAAGCUGAAUUAUUUAGUGUUGGCUCAAGGUCACUUCUUCCAAGUCCACAACAAAACCCCUUUUCCUUUCACAAGUGUAUUACUUGAUAGCUUACCCAUGUGGCUGUCCAGCCUGGACAAUACCUGGGUGUAUUAUCUGGGUUCUCCAGAGACACAGGACCAAUAGGAGGUGUGUGUAUAUAUGUAUACAGACAGAGACUUAUUAUGAGGACUGGUUUGUAUGCUUAGGAAAAUGGAAAAGUUCCCUUCUGUUGGGUGGGCCAGCAGAGCGGGCUGGAGCCAGGGGAGCCCAUCACACAGAUGAGGGCCAAAGGCGUCUGCUGGGGAGCCCCGCCUUGCUCGUGGAGGCCUGUCCUCCUGUUCUGUACUGUUCUUAACCUGACUGGGUGAGGCCCACUCAUGUUAUGGAGAGCAGUCUAUUUUAUUCAGAGUUCACAAAUUCAAAUGUUAACCUCAUCCAAAAAUACCUUCCCAGUGGACACAGAAUGAACCAUCACAAUGGAGGAGUGAAUUUACCUACAGGCUCUCAGCGCUGACUGACCAAAGUGCCUGUUUGUUCUUUGGGCUUCAAAGGACUAUGCAGAUGUGCUUAGGAGCUGCCCCAAGAAGCCCUGGUGAGAUCCACAGAGGAGUGUAACUGCAUCCUAAAUGAAUUCAGAGCUACUGGAUACAUGGAGGGCGAUCAGAGAUGAUAACAGACCGUGUGGAUAAGAUAUAAAACAUGUUUCAGUGUCAGGAAUUCAACAUGUGUUCCAAGAAGGCUCAUGGGAUCUCACUACAGAAGCUGCAGGGAUGUGCUGAGGACCUCCCUGAAGAUCAGGAAGCAUCUUGAUAGGCCAGUGUCAGAAAGGUUAUGGCUUUGACUUGGGAAAUUUAAUGAGCUACUCAGUCAGGCUCAUUUGACUAUGGUGGUAGUAGGUGUAAGGGCUACCUACUGUCUUGACACCACUGUAAAUUAGGGAAAUGGUCCCAUGUACAAUAGGAUCAAAAUACUUAGGAAUAAAUUUAGCCAAGGAGAUGAACACCCUGUAUACUGAAUAGUAUAAGACACUGAUGAGAGAAGUUAGAAAGACACAAAUAAAUGGAAAUACAGUCUAAGCUCACAGAUGGGAAGAAUUAAUAUUGUUAAAAUAGCCAUAUUACCAAAAGCUAUCCACAAAUUAAGUGCAAUCCCUAUCAAAAUUCCAGUGGCAUUUUCCACAGGAAAAAAACAGAAACCUAAAAUUUACUGGAACCACAGAAGAUCUCUAGUAGCCAAAGCAAUCUUAAAAAAGAACAGAGCUUGGCGAUGUCACAAUUCCUGAUGUAUAUCAUUGUCUAUAUUACAAAGCUGUCGUAAUCAGAAAUACUGUAAUUGGUAUAAAAACAAACACAUAGAACAAGAGAGCCCAGAAGUAAGCCCGCAGAUACCCAGCCAAUUAACGUAUGACGGAGGAGCCGAGAAUACACCGCGGUGGAAGGACAGUCUCUUCAGUAAGCAGGGAUGGAAAGACUGGACGGUCAUGUGGAAAAGACGGAAGCUGGCCUCCUGUCUUGCACAGUGGGCUUUUUAUGUUACAGGAAAUAAUGUCUCCUGACAGUAGAACAUUCAGUCAAGCACAGAAGAAAAUGAAAACCACCUGAAUUAUGUGAUAUGAUCGCUGCCAUUUUGAUGUAUAUUUUCCGUGAUUUUCUUCUUUACCUUCUAGCUGAUCUGUAUCAGGAUGGAGGUCAGUAUCAGGCAGCGAGCAGACGUCACGUCCCAGGCACAGGGAGGUCUGGUCUCCCCCUCCUCCUGCAGCUUUCACUGAACGAGCAGACAGACGUGGAACAGUUUGUGAAGACAGGGUAUCAGGGCUUACCUUGGGGGAAGUGCUGGAAGUUGCGAAAACCUAGAAGAUGAAACCACACUUCUUAGUCAAAUAUUUUUCUGUCUCACUAAAUGGUUUUAAAGACACUUUUUAGCUGAUGGCAUUCCAUUAUAUAUCUGAAUCUACCUCACUUAAUAUCAUGCAUGUCCAUUGUUUUCAGUUUUUAGCUGUUGUAAUUAAAAGAGUGAACACCAUCACAGUUUAAUCUUUGCUUACGACCACAGGGUUUUAGGAUUUAUUGCCAAAAGUGGUAUGUCUCGGUUAAGCGAGGAGCGGAGUACGGAGGUGUUCGAUCCGCAUUGUCAGACUGGCUCUCCUGGGUGUUGUGGCUUUCUGUAUUGUUACCAGCAGUGAAGGAGGGCGCCCGCUUCACCACACCUUCUGCACUGCUGAAUAUCUUUUCUUAAAACUAUUUUUUUCUGCAAUUUGAUAGCUUCUGUUGCAAGUGAGGUUGAGCCUUUUGCUUAUUUUUUCAUCCACUCAUCUUUAAUGAAAACUCAGGCACACCCCUUCCCCAUCUGUUGUGGGGGUGUCCAGCUUUGUGUUACUAAGUUAUGAGGUGCAGUAAAGUUACUUGUGCAGUUAAGACACUAACUCUAUGGAGCAUGGAAUAAGAAAGCAAGCAAGACCACAGUGGAGCAGCGAGCAGGGAAGAACUCUCUGCUGCUGUUUCCCUGCAGGCGCACAUAGCCCUCCUGAGGCCAGGCGUGAGCUUUCCGUACCAGGCUAUACCGACACUCACUGACCAGAGUUAGCAUGGACCCCACAGGUUAAGGGCUCCAUCCCCCAAAACUGUCUCACCCCAGAAGCUGAUUCCAGGCUACCCACAACAUCUGCCUGACUUGGCUACAAAUCAGAGGUUCCCAUGACCCUCUCCUUGGGUUUAAUCAUUUGCUAGAGUGACUCACAAGCCAUGAAAACAGUUGACUUGCUGUUGCUGACUUCUUACAGAGGAUGUUUUAAAGGAUGCAAAGAACAGUGAAGGCUGGGGGUUACUGUGCUCAGGCGCCAUGGUCUCUGUGUGGAUAUGUUCAUCACCCUGGAAGCUCGUGGAAUACUGGAGUUUUGGGGGGGUGGGGGGCUGCAUCGUGCAGGCAUGGUGAAUUACAGCAUUUCCAGCCCUUCUCCCUUCUACGGGGAAUGGGGGGAGAGCUGAAAGAUCCAAGCGUCUGAUCAUGACUUGGCAGCUGCCCGGAGUCCACCCAGAGUCACCCCAUUAGAACAAAAGACACUCCUGUUGCUCAGGAGAUCCAGGGGAUUUAGGAGUUCUUGCCAGACACUUCUGUCACUAGGGAAAUUCUGAGGGCUUUACAAGCUUGUACCAGGAACUGGGGCCAAAGGCCAAAAUAUCAGCAGGAAUGGGAGGCAGAUGUAGAUAUGUGUUUAUGUGUGGAUGUGUGUGUGUAUGGAUGUAUAUGUAUAUGUGUGUAUAUAUAUGUAUGUGUGUAUAUGUGUGUGUGUUUAUAUAUAUGUAGGUGCAUAUACAUGGAUGUAUAUCUAUAUGUAUAUUAUAUGUAUGUGUACUUUCUAAUGAUUUCAUAGGGUUUACAGUGUGUGCUGGGUCCUUUCUUUCUCUAUGAGCCCCUAAUCAUCUACUGGACUCACAGCUGUCAUUCUGUGGUCUCAUUUAAUAUAUAUAUGUAUUUAUUUUGAAUUUCUCAAUAUUUCAUGCACUCUCAUCAAAGUCUUCAUAUUUUGCGGCCCAGAGAGUCCUCUCCUGAUGGUUACUUUUUGGCCAAGUAAUAUAAUCAACUUUUACUCUCUUGUUACCCAUCUUGCAGAUGAACUGCAGACUGAGAGUGGCCUGUGGGCCAGCUGUAUCCCUCUUGUGGCUGGGACUGUUGUCUGGGGAGGAAGGAACACUAGGCUUUAGUGCUGACCACUUGCCACUGGUUUCUGUCUCAGCGCAGGUGCAAGUGUGCAAGCAUCUGUACUGCUGUUCUGAGGAUGGUGGGAAGAAAGCAGAGGACGAGGAUCCUGCUCUCACACCCAACAACACCAGGAGUUUCUCACCUUCAAACUUCCGAUCAAUGACUCAGGAUCUGCUGGUCUGGGCAUCAGUGUCAAAGAGAAUCACACAGACCUGGGGAUCUUCAUCAAGUCCAUUAUUAACAGAGGGACGGCAUCUAAAGUAAGCAGGAUGGAGGCUGCAGGUGAAUGAUUGGCUGAUCAUGGUGAAUGGGGAGUCCCUGCUGGGCAAGAUCAACCAGGAUGCCAUGGAGACCCUCCUCAGGCCCAUGUCCACUGAAGGGAACAAGCGGGGCAUGAUCCAGCUCAUCAUGGCCUGGAAGAUCAGCAAGGACAGUGAGCUGAAGCCACCCGGGAGCCCCUCUGGCCCUGAGCUGCCCACUGAGAGGGUGCUGGAUGACGGGGGAUGGAGGAUUUCUCCCUCCCUCUUCAGUGGGACCAAGGAGCUGGAUGAAACACCCACGAGAAAUGCUGCCCUCAGCAGGAUAAUGGAGCCUCCGUGUGUGACAUCCGAGACCAGUUCCGUGCACCCUGUUUGGGUUCCACCCCACUCUGCACAGCCCCCCGUAGGUGACAAGGUUGUCAGGGCUCACCCUGCAGCCGCUCAGCCACCUGCCAGCAGAUCCCCAGAGAUCAUCGUCACCACUCAAAACCCCUCUCUGAUGUUGACUUUUGUGAAGAUUCCCAGCGCCCUCUGCCUCCAGCUUCCCAGGCAGUUACCCCUCUAGAGAAAGCCUGGCAUUUCUGACACAUCGCCCGCCCACUGGUAAAUACCAGCUGUCCCCCACAGUGAUAUGCCCCAAGAUGACUCUGUCGUUAUAGAGGAUGACAGGUUGCCAGUGCUACCUCCACAUCUCUCAGGCCGGUCCUCUUCCAGCUCCCAGGAUGACACAGGAUUUGUGAUGACAGACCCUGGCCCGUGGGCCAAGGCAGGCAUCGGUGACUCGGCAGGCUGGCAAGAACACUCCAGGGCUGGAAAAUAUGCAUUAAGUUACAGCCACACUUUAUCUUCUGUUUAAAUGGUCUGUCGCUAGACGCAGUUAGUCAAUUCUUUUUGUGUUCUGUUUUCAUGAUUUAAUACUCUUAAUGAUCACUCAGAAACUUGCCCAGUUAUUUUAAUAAUUUAGCCAAACUAACAAGAAAACUACCACUAACCAGAAACCCUACUCAGUUGUUAAAUUUCACUCUUAACUAGUUUGGAUCUGUGUUAACUUGGUGAAUUGCUUUUCUGUUAAAUAAAUACAUUCUGUGCAACUCCCUGCGGUGACUGAGCAGGGAGGUGGCUUUGGCCGAAUGAACAGUUGCUCCGUCUUGGGAGAAGGGAGAUGCUUUGACAGGUUUUCUUUCUCAGCACGCUGUCAGCUCUGCUGGGUUUGCAUGUAACUUCUCACACUGUGACUUCGGGGGCAAUCUGAUGCUCUUUUUUCUCUUGUAUCUUACAAAAUAGAAGCAAGCAUUUGGUAUCACUGACCCAAAGUGUGACACCUGAAUGUGGGCACGUGUUUUAAUUUGCAUGCCUGGUAAUUAUCUACUUCAGUAAGCAAAAGGAACAGUCCCUCCUAGGAAAGACCUUGGCCGGCUGCAGCGGUCAUCAGAGCCAAGCAUGGGAAGCAGUGUGCCAGGAUGUUCUUACUGCCCUUUCUCUGGGCUCUUUUAUGAAAACACCAGCACAAUUAUAUUUAAAUGUUGCAGCAUGGAGCUGCACUCAAGCCUGAUAAUAGUUUACCUUGGGAUGAGUUUUUGGUUCAGCGAGGCGGGGGAGCUACCCUGGAAAGUAAAAACCUGCUUGGAAUCCACAGAAGCUGCCAUGUUUACUGCUGCUGUGUAGACCCGUCUCUGAAAGUGAGAGCAGUGGCUGGGAGGGUCAGGAUUAGAUGUUCACGAUCUUCAUCCUGGGAACAGAAGCCUCUGAAUCUCCCUUGUGAUGAGAAAUUGUAGGAAGAGGUCUGGGGGGGCCCAAGGAGCACUGUAUUGGGGCCAAUAAAUAAGUAACUGGCAGGGCUGGAGGGUGGCAUUAACUUCCCUAAGGAGCUUCAUCAGGUGGUGAGGACUUGGGUGAUCUUGCUGUGGGGAAUGUUCAGGGGCUGGAAAAAAAUAAGAAUGAAGGGUCACCCAAACAAGAGUGGCAGCUGCUCUGAAUCACAGCAGAAAGUGUAAGCUUUUCCAGCCUGACAGUGUCUCCCUAAUCCUUGAUGAAAAUGUUAUGAAAUAAAAGGGCAGUAAGGUGGGAUUAAUAACUGGAAUUUUAAUAACACUAGGGGUCAGGAUAUGGUCAUAGUCAUUAAAGAAUCAGCUGUCUGCCCUGCAGUCUAAUGUGCCAAGUAUUCUAGGGCAUUGUUUACUGUGUCUGAAAUUAGUUCAAUGGGUAUAUUGACAGGGAAGAAUUAGCUAUGUUAUGGCUUAAGAAUAUUUAUUUAUUUCCAGAGUAACUGAGAGGAUGUACUUUUUCCAACCCAUUGAUUGGACCUAACAGUGUUUUUAAGGUGAAUAAGGUGAAACAGCAGAUUCUAAACUUAGUGACAACAUAAUUUCACCAGGUAUAAAAUUAGGUUAAAAAAUAUGCCUGUAUGUGAUUUUCAUUAGCAACAACAAUUUGUAUUUCUUUGGAAAACCUUUUACAAAUAAUUUCUAUUAAGAAUGUAUAUAACUCUGCUAUAACUCAAUAAAAUUAAAUUAAAAAAAAAAAAGAAUGUACUACUCUGUCUAUAAAUGUGAUGCCUCUUUGGAGUUCUAGGUUUUAGCGUGCUCCAUGUCGUGCGGGAAAGGGUUGCUGA